AUGGAUCUCUCAUUUGCUGUCGCUUCUUCUUCUUGUUCUUCUUCAUUUCACUUAUUAUCGUUGAACUCCCGCAAAUUCUCAUUAUUUCAAUUUAACCCGAACUUAUCUAUCAAAUCCACAAAUUCAACCACAAACUCACUCUUUUGGCGCCAAAAUCACCCAAUCAGAGUCAGAGCACUUAACGAUGAUGGCUUUGUCCGCGAAGAUGUGCCUCACCUGACCGAUUUCCUACCUCAUUUACCAUCUUAUCCAAAUCCUUUGCAUUACAGCCAAGCUUACGCGAUUGUCAAGCAGACUUUUGUUGGACCAGAAGAUGCAGUUGCACAACAAAUUGUUGUUCGCAAAGAUAGUCCUAGAGGCGUACAUUUCCGGCGAGCCGGUCCCAGAGAGAAGGUGUAUUUUAAGCCCGAAGAAGUUCGUGCUUGCAUAGUGACAUGUGGGGGUUUAUGUCCGGGGAUCAAUACUGUGAUUCGCGAGAUUGUAUGUGGAUUGAAUUAUAUGUAUGGAGUUGAUGAUAUACUUGGCAUCAUGGGAGGUUAUAGAGGUUUUUAUUCAAAAAACACCAUAAAUUUGACACCCAAAGUUGUGAAUGACAUACAUAAGCGUGGUGGAACUUUUCUUUGUACUUCACGGGGAGGUCAUGAUACGAACAAGAUAGUUGAUAAUAUUCAGGACAGAGGAAUAAAUCAGGUAUAUAUUAUUGGAGGUGAUGGCACCCAGAGAGGAGCAGCUUUGAUUUAUAAGGAGGUUGAGAAACGUGGUCUUCAAGUGGUAGUUGCUGGGAUCCCCAAGACAAUUGAUAAUGAUAUUGCGGUGAUAGACAAAUCUUUUGGAUUUGAUACUGCUGUUGAAGAAGCUCAGAGAGCAAUUAAUGCUGCACAUGUGGAGGUUGAAAGUGUGGAAAAUGGAGUUGGAAUUGUUAAACUUAUGGGCAGAUACAGUGGUUUCAUUGCCAUGUUUGCAACUUUGGCAAGUCGAGAUGUGGAUUGCUGCUUGAUUCCCGAAUCUCCGUUUUAUCUGGAAGGUCCUGGUGGGCUUUUUGAAUUUAUUGAACAGAGGAUCAAAGAAAAUGGGCAUAUGGUUAUUGUGAUAGCAGAAGGAGCUGGGCAGGAAUAUGUUAAGGAUCAUUUUUCAAAGGUUAAGAAGAUGGAGAUAAAUAUGAAAUAUAUAGAUCCUACAUACAUGAUACGAGCUGUUCCAAGUAAUGCAUCAGACAACAUAUAUUGCACUCUUCUUGCACAAAGUGCCGUUCAUGGGGCCAUGGCUGGGUACACGGGAUUCACAGUUGGUCCAGUAAACAGUAGACAUGCUUAUAUUCCCAUUGCUCGUGUGACAGAGGCACAAAACACAGUGAAGUUAACAGAUAGGACGUGGGCCAGGCUUCUUGCUUCAACAAAUCAGCCUAGUUUCUUGAAUUCCAAUGAGACGCUGCAAGAAACAGUUGAUAGAGAGACUGCUGAUCGGAUCCCCAACCUUAAGAUCAAUUCUACUUAG